AGUGUUGACUACACCAUUUUCUACUUUUCCUACAACUGCUGGUACGAAAGGAAACCUGUAUUUGGAAUGUGCAUCGGUGUCCGUCUUUCUGAAACAAUCAGCACACAUCAGUUGCCACUUAAAUAUUUCGAACAUCCUAUCCUUAAACGUAUCAAAAUCAAACUCCAGCUUACUAUCCGUCCAGUCUGACGGAACUGUGACAGUUUCCUCACCUUAUUCUGGAAGACUUGUUGCUGUCUUUUCACUUUCUUCCUUGAAUUUGGACAUCAUUUUUCAGUCUACUUCUUGUGAAGAUGAUGGAUUAUAUUCGGUUAAGAUGGAGUUUGAUCGAGCGGAAUCAUAUAUCACAUCCUUUACUGUUUCGUUGAAAGUGAAACCAGAAACACCGAAGUUAAGAUUUCAUCCUAACUUAAUAGAGGGGGAAAAUCUUAGGAGUCAUGCAUGUACUGGAGAAGUUGGUCAUCCACCAGGGAAACUUGAGAUUGAGAUCAAGCGUCCCGGUGACACAGAAUUUAGUACUUAUCACCCAGCUGGCCAGGAGAGGAUCUAUUCUGAGGUUGUUGGGAACUGCAGCAGUAUACAAACUUUGGAUUUUUCAAUUGACCUAUCGUCUGAUAGUUGGAACAAUGUGACAGCAAGAUGCAUAGCCUUAAAUGCUGUGGCAUUAAACAGCACUGAGAUUCCUCCAAGUUCUAAAGAAUAUACUAUAUCUAGUUUAGCAGCUGACUUUUGUUCCAAUAAAACAUCUACUUAUUUCGAGCAUCAUCCAAUGGGAUGUCCAUUUUACGUUUGGUGUAUCACUGGAAAACCAUAUGGCAUGGAGUGUUCAACAAAGAGUUUAUGCAUAAACACAAAGACUGGCAGCUGUAGCUGAUCUGCACGAACCAUUGGAUACUUAUGCAGUAUGUUAUCAGUGAAAUUGUACAUUUGCUUAUCCAUUUACAAAGAAGUGAGUGUAUUUUGCUUUUGUUCG